CGUCCAGAUGCGUAUCGACGCACAUUGGCGUCGCGACGCCACCGACCGAGCUACAGGUUAUCCUGCUUUCAGUUCUCCGCGGGCGCCGUUAUGUGACGUCACGCAUCACCAUGCACUAAGUGAUCCCAUCAGUUGGAUAAUUUAGUGUGUCCUCCACUCCCAGACUUGAUUAACUGAAAUGGACAAAAAUUCACAAAAAUCCUGUAAUGACGGAAAGUAAAACACGUGCCGGAAGGCCGCGACUUCAGCGGUCUGAGAGAGUUUUCAGUGAAUCGCAUCUUACAUCAUGGGAAUUGUUCGUCAGGGACUCUUUGCUCACGCUAGCGUGGCCCGAUCUUCUCAACAGUGUUUCAGGCUCAACAGCGAGUGAUCUCAUAUCGCGGAGAGGAGUUUUCUCCAGACGCUAUUAUGGCUCAGUAGAACAGCUCCAGCAGCCUGAAAAUGAUGGCCAGGAGCACUGUCGGAGAUUCCGGAUCGAGAACGGGGACUCUCCUGGGGAGAAAGACGAGAUGUUCGGGUCGCCGAGCACGCCGGUCCUUGAAAACCCAGAGUAUCAAACGAGAUGGUACUUUAAGUAUUUUCUUGGGAAAUUGCACCAGAACUACGUGGGAUUGGAUAACGACAAAUCUCCUUUUUUUCUAAGCAUAGUUUUAAACGACGACAACAACACUUGUGUGCCGCUAUACCGAGCCAUUUUAUUCAGAAAAACAGGGGCUCAAAAGAUUUCGUUACCCAUCGCGCAGAAUAAAGUCUUGACUGUGAAGCAAAUCCUAUCAAAUUUCCCAAACAUGGACCGUGUUGAUAAAGGACCAAAAGAAAUUUUUUCGCCUGAUAUACAAAAAGACUUACUACUGUUAGAGGAGCAAGAAGGGUCGGUUAAUUUUAAGUUCGGUGUUAUUUACAUGAAACACGGCCAAACGACCGAUGAUGAAAUUUUAAGUAACGAAUUUGGCAGCAAGAGGUUUGACCAGUUCCUUGCUCUCUUGGGGGACAAAAUUAGGCUGAAAGGGUGGGACAAGUAUCGAGGAGGGCUCGAUAUUAAGGGCGACAUGACUGGAAAAUACUCCGUGUACACCAUCUACGAAGGCCACGAAAUCAUGUUCCAUGUAUCAACAUUGCUCCCUUACUCGAGAGACAACAAGCAGCAGGUGGAACGGAAGAGACACAUCGGAAACGAUAUCGUGAACAUCGUGUUCGUCGAUGUGGACGACCCAACUCAAUCGGAAAAUGCACACGCGCUCUUUAACCCCACCUGCAUCAAGUCGCAGUUUACACACGUUUUCGCUGUUGUGAGUGUGGACCGCACGAAUCAAUACCGCCUUUCGGUUUUUUCUGACGAAGCGGUUCCUCUGUUUGGGCCAAGCCUGCCCUGUCCGCCAGUUUUUAAGGACCCACAGCUUUUCCGCGAUUUUCUCUUGGUCAAGCUAAUCAACGGGGAAAAAGCGACCUUCGAAACGCCCACGUUUGCCAGGAAGCGGGAACGGACGUUGGAUAUGCUCAUCAAGGAUUUAUAUUCAGAGCAUAUGACUGAUGCGAGAAUGACGAUGCUGAAUCGGAGGGCAUUUUCUGACGUUUUGGCCGAGACGCCGCGACAUUCGCGUCUCAAGGAGGACUCCAGACAGAUCGAGUUCGUCCGGAUAGGUCAGGCCCUUAAACUGGAGGCUAUAGUGCGUGGAGACGCUCCCACAAGUCUGGCAUCUGCUGGGAGCUCGGGAACGGUGUUCAAAAGGUCGCCGUGGGAGGCCAGUUGCUUCUAUCCCGUCUUUCCACCUCAUCCCAUCGUCUGCGCCGACUCAUGGGGCGACAAUAGGCUCGUUAUCGGCACUGAAGAGGGAAUUUUCGUCGUUGAAGAUGGGAGCUCGCACCGGCAGGUCUUCGACCGCUCCCUCCAGGUGAAGCAACUCAACGUGGUGGAGCCCCACGGCAUCCUCCUCCUGCGUGGGGGCCAUUCGAACAAAGAGGGCAAAAUCUACGUUUUUCGCCUGUCCCAAAUCGAGACUUUAAGCGAGCCCAAAUGCCGUCUGGACAUCAAGGACCAUCGACUGGAACGCACCAGAGGGGUCCACCUUUACGCCAUUUCCAGGCCUGGAGGAGCGAGAUUAAGGAUGUGUGUAGCCAUCGGGCGAAAAUUAUUAAUGUUUCAGUGGAAACAUUCAGCGGCUUGGACGGCCUGGUGUCCUUCGAGUGACACUGAUACGGUGGAAGGAUUCACGUUUCUGUGGGAACUCAAUUUGAACGAAACCCCAACAAUGAUGACAAUACUGGAUAGUGGUUGGAGCCCGAAUUCGCCUUCCCCGAGCGACGUAUUGGUCUGUGUCGGCUACAAAAAUCACUGGGACAUAGUGAACGGCAGGUCGGGCUACGCACAGCACUUGCACACGGUGGAAAGCACAAAAGCCCAUUUGGUGACCGCGCUCGAUUUGUACGAAGACCAGGAAAUACAGCUGCUGUUGUGCUAUAACCACACUUGCCACUUCCAGAAAAUAAACGAAGAGAAUUCGUCCUCGACAGAGUUCGAUUUUCACUGGAAUUCAGUGCCUACGGAUAUUGUUUGUGCUUUUCCCUAUGUGAUCGCAUUCACUUCCAACUCCAUGGAGAUACGACUCAUUGUGAAUGGAAACCUUGUGCAUACGAUGUCAAUGCCCAAGCUGCAACUGGUGGCGUCGAAAAACGACAUUUUCUUUGCAACCACAGCGCCGGAGUUUUUUCCCAAUAGGCAGGACCGGCUUGUGGUCGAAAGGCAGCAGGAGAUGCAAAAGAUUUCGCCUCCGUCGAGUCCCAAUGCGUCUCCGGAAGUGCGUCCGUUGCGGAUCUACCGGAUUCCUAUUCAUGCUUUGAGCCGGAGCGCGAAUCCGGAGCCGGGUUGCCACGUCUCGACCGAAUCUCCACCGACCUGGAAAUCGGCUGAUGCGAAAUUAGCGGUUCCGGAGCAGCCACGCGUGUCCAGGAGUGCGACGAGUUCGCCGAUUCCGGCGAAGGCGAAAUUAGCCUCAAUCAAAUGAUUACAUUUCUCACAACUGUAAGAAUUUUCCGGAGGUGGUCGCGAACGCCGCUUUCGGCCCACCCUGUAUAUAACCGGGCCCUCAAACGGUUCUGAAUUGUCUCCUCUGCUUCAGAUCACUCUGUAUAUCCAUAUCAGCGUACUAAAUGUUUUAACCAAUUGUAUCUCGUCGUGUGCGUGCUGAGUUCGGAAAAACGGGUUUUAUAAAGGGAUCUUUCAGAACUUGACUCUAUGACUCUGUCCUUGUCACUCCUUCUAAAUGGGCGUUUGCGACCAUCUCUCUCUUCGUUACAUAUGCCUUUCUUCAUUGUGUUGUGUCCAGUUUGCACGGUUUUCACCUGGUUGCCAACUGGAUUUAUUCUGUGAUACCACUGUACGUAUUCUUUAAGUAUUUUCAAGUCAGUGUGUGGAAUAAUAAAUAAAUCAAUAUUGAA